GUCGGAACAUUUGCAAUCAUUACAAACCUCCCUCACACAGCUCCUGUUUCUUCAAGACGCAAGCAGCUUUAUAGAUGUCAUAUGAUAUAUCAGCUUACUUCGCCAUCUUGAUCAACUCUCGGGACUUGAACACAAAGCUAGAGAUCAGUCAUACAAGAGAGUCCAGCGACCCCUCUUUAGCCCCACAUCCUUUCUUCAUCUUUCUUCUCUUCCAACUUCUAUUCCCCUCCUCUUCCAUUAUCAGAUUAUUUUGCGUCUCCUAGACACUCAGCUCUAGUAUUAACAAUAAUCUGCCAACAUGGAUUCUGCCUCUGUCAAAGUUCCUCCAAUGAAGGACCUAACAAUAGACAACAUCACCGAGAACACCAUCGUCAUAAACUCCCAAUCCUCAGAUCAGCGCCUCACCUACGUGAUGGAACGACUAGUCACUCAUCUCCAUGACUUCGCGCGCGAGACGAGACUAAGUACAGAUGAAUGGAUGGCAGCAUUGAACUUCCUUGUGAAAGUUGGACAAAUCAGCAGUGAUGUUCGACAUGAAUUCAUUCUUCUCUCCGAUAUCCUAGGUCUCUCCCUCCUCGUCGAUGCGAUCGAUCACCCCAAACCACCUGCAAGCACAGAAGGUUCGGUUCUCGGUCCUUUCCACACCCACGAAGCGGAGGAUAUGAAGCAUGGAGACAGCAUGUCCCACGAUCCACAAGGUGAACCCUGUCUCGUGGUCUGCGCGAUCAAAGAUGUGAAGGGAAAUCCAAUUGAAGGCGUGAAGAUUGACAUCUGGGAGACGGACAGUACAGGACAUUAUGAUGUGCAGCAUGCAGAGAGGGACGGACCAGAUGGCAGAUGUGUGAUGAGAAGUGACAAGGAUGGAGUGUUUUGGUUCAAUGCUAUUGUUCCAGUACCAUAUCCAAUCCCACACGAUGGACCCGUGGGACAAUUGUUGAAGCUGUUGAAGAGACAUCCCUGGAGACCGGCACAUAUGCAUUUUAUGUUUGAGAAGCCUGGAUGGGAUCAUCUUAUAACUGCACUGUAUAUCCGCAACGAUCCCUACGAAACCUCAGACGCAGUCUUCGGCGUAAAACAAUCCCUGAUCGUCGACUUUACAAGCGCAGAUGCUGAAAUAGCGAAGAAGUAUGGAGUCAAGGAAGGAACCAAAUUUUUGAAGCACGACUUUGUGCUUGUUGAUGAGAAAGAGACGGAAAGACUAAGAGAUGAAAAUGCCUUGAAAGCUCUGAAAGCUUUAGGACGAAAGAUCAAGCUUCUGAACCAUUUGCCCGUUCCAGAUGUUGAUUAAUCUAAUAUACAAAUGUAUGAACCAAUGCUUCUAUGGAAUUCCAACGUAACAUCGUACACAGCUCUAUCUAC